AUGGAGGCCACGUACAGCUCGCUCCUAGCUACUGCAGUUGAGAGUCAUCUCAUGGUGGAGUCGAGCAUAACAGUGUUUGAACGUAACGACUACAUCGGUGGCCGAUUGAAGCACAUAGUGCUCGACGGCGUCACUGUCGAAGGCACUUCCCUGUUCUUCCUCUCGGUUGUGAACGCCUACAUGGUCGAACUCGCUCAAGAGCUCAACAUCCAAUUCGACAACACCAGCUACUCGGGCAAUGGUCGGGUGGAGGUGUGGGACGGACAGAGGUGGUACGCCACGUCGUCCAACUGGAUCGGCGAGGCGGAGCUGCUGGGGCUGAUGGAGUGGCUGCGAGCCAACCUGUGGCUCAACUACCUCGAGCGCGGGUCUGGCAACGCCUUUCGUUCCAUCGGCGAGUUUACUCGCUACGGUGGUCUCGAACAAUGGGCGCUGCUGUCGUGCAACGAGCUGGUCAAGAAGUACGGCAUCGAUCAAGAUCUCGUGUGGCGCAACUGGAUUCCCAUUUCGCGGGUCAUCUACGACCAGGAUCUCAAGAUUAACUCGUUUGCAGGAAUGGUGGUCCUCCUCUCGGCCUUUACGACCUCGUACACUGUUGAAGGGGGCAACUCCCUCUUGGUGGAGAAGCUAUUGGCCAAAUCCGGCGCUGAUGUGCACCUAAACACUCAAGUAACGCGAAUCGCUCGCGUGGGAAACGGCUAUUCGGUCACCACCGUGCCGGCCUCAGAUGGUGGUGCAUCUGCUUCGCCCAAGGAGCAGGAACAGCUCUUCGACAGUGUGGUGCUCGCAGCACCCAUCGAAUUCUCAUCUCUUCAAUUCGUCAACAUCACCCUUCCCCCCAUCACGCCGCGAACCUACAGCCACUGGUUUGUGACGCACGUGGCAGCCAAGACCAUCAACCCGACCUACUUCAACUUGCCUCCGUCGUCCGAGGCCCCAUCGUACGUGCUCACCUCGGACAACUCGACCGCACCCUUCAACUCCAUCCAAACCGAGGCGCUCGGCGCCGACGGUAACGUGAUCUUCAAGAUCUUCGGCAACGUCAACCUGACCUCGUCCACGCUGGAGAGGAUGUUCGUCAAGUUGGCCACGUACCACGUCCAGCACUGGCCCUACACGUUCCCCGACCUCAGCCCGGUCAAGGACUCCAGCCAAUACCAGCCCGUGGUGCUGGACGAGUCUGGCUCGCUGCUCUACCUCAGCUCCAUGGAGAGCGUGGCCACCGCGAUGGAGGCUUCGGUCAUUGCCGGGCGCAAUGCGGCCCUGCUCCUCGCCCAGCAGAACAACGAACACGCCACAUAG